AUGUCGGCGCUCGACGGCAAGAAGAUCGGCUUCGUGGGCGCCGGCGCCAUGGCGACGGCCAUCAUGCAGGGCCUGCUGAAGCGCGGCGUCGACGCGAGCCGCCUCAUGGCGUCGGACCCCUACGCCGGGUGCCGCGAGCGCGCCGCGGCGUCGGGCAUCGCGACGACGGAGUCGAACGCCGCCGUCGCGGCGGCCUGCGACGUCAUCGUCGUCGCCGUCAAGCCCGGCGUCGUCGGCGACGCGCUGCGCGCGCUCGCGCCGUCGGCGAACGGCAAGUUGGUGGUCAGCAUCGCGGCCGGCGUGACCAUCGGUGCCAUCGAGGCGGCGCUCGAGCCCUGGGACGUGCGCGUCGUGCGCACCAUGCCGAACACGCCCUGCCUCGUCGGCGAGGCCGCCGUGGGCGUCGCGCGCGGCGCGCGGGCGACGGACGCGGACGCGGCGGCCGCGCGCGGCCUCUUCGCGGGCACCGUCGUCGACGUGCCCGAGAAGCUGCUCAACGCCGUCACGGCCGUCUCCGGCAGCGGGCCGGCCUACGUCUUCCUCUUCGUCGAGGCGCUCGCGGACGCGGGCGUCCGCGCGGGGCUGCCGCGCGACGUCGCUCUGAAACUCGCGGCGCAGACGGUCAAGGGCGCCGCGGCGAUGCAGCUCGAGACGGGCAAGCACCCGGGCGUGCUCAAGGACCAGGUCUGCUCGCCGGGGGGCACGACCAUCGCCGGCGUCGAGGCCCUCGAGAAGAACGGCUUCCGCUUCGCGGCCAUGUCCGCCGUCGCCGCGGCGAACGCGCGCGCGGACGACAUGAGCAAGUAA